AUGGACUCCACUAGACCUCUACAGGUGUACUGUGGUAACUGGCACCAGGACAUUACGCAGCAGAUCCUCCAGCAAUUUGUAGCUCGUCUGUUGGAUUUGACCCUACUGGCCAGCCUACGCCUCCCCAUGUGCAUCAAUGACCCUUGGCCACACAUGACCCUGUUGUACGGGAACAUGGAACUGAAGACACUCCAAAUACAACUGGCCAUUUGCUUCUUAGUCUUUGCAUCUGCAGUGUCUGCCCAAAGUGACUCAAGCUGUGUUGGGAGAUGUGGUGAAGGGUAUUCUCGAGGGCGUUCCUGCCAUUGUGAUUAUAACUGUAUGUCUUAUAUGGAAUGUUGUCCUGACUUCAAGACAGUUUGCACAACAGAGGCCUCAUGUCAAGGAAGAUGCCAUGAAGGUUUCAUAAGGGGACAGAUGUGUGAUUGUGAUCCUGGCUGUGUGAGUUAUGGCAGGUGCUGUUCAGACUACGACACCACUUGCGCAAAACCAAUCCAAAGGCGAUCCCCACCACCACCACCUCCAAUGUCAGUAUCUGAUGAAAGAGCUGAAACUCCAGAACCUACAAGGAAACCAAACGAAGAAAGGGAAAGAAAGGAGGAAUCACCAGAAAGUCCUGAACAGAGAGAUGAGGCAGUGCCAAAGAAAAAUGUUAAAAAACCUACAAAGCUACCUAAAAAUAAGAAGGUCAACAGAGUAAAGGAUCCAAAACAGGAUCUAGAAGAGGUCCCAAAGAACAAAAAGCUGAAUAAGUUGCCAAGUAAAACUCCAAAGAAGAGGAAAGAAACUGACAUGGAAGACGAAGAUGAUGAAAAAGACCCUGAUCAGGACGCAGAAACAUCACCAUCAUCUUCUAAACCAAGGACUCCUUCAAAGGUCAAAAAGAAUUCACCAAACAAGUCUCCGAAAAAACCCAAAAAGAAGACCAGCACACUUGUGGAAUCGGAGGAAGAGAUAGAAGAAUCAGAAGAAAAUGUGUCGUCCUCGUCUUUUUCUUCAUCUUCUUCCUCAUCCCAUGUGAAGGGAAGCAAAACCACCAAAAAACUGUUAAGGAAAAAUCAAAAGAAAAACAAGCCAGGAGAAGAUGAUGACACGCCAGACGACAAACCAAAAGGACCAAAGAAGAAACGCCCUAAUCCUACAGAUGAUGAAGGUAAACCCAAGAAGCCGAAAACUCCAAAAGAAAAGCCACAGGAUGAGGACAAGGAAGAUCCUGAUGCUCCAGCAAAAGAUCCAAAUCAAAGUCCUGAUGACAGAGAUGGUAAACCCAAGAAACCUAAGGCUCCAAAAGAAAACGAACAAGAUUCCCCAAAGGAUCCAGACCAAAGACCCAAAGAACCAAAUAAGAAACAACCUGGUGACAAAGAUGGUAAACCCAAGAAACCUAAAAACCCCAAAGACAAAGAAGGAGCUGAACUAGAAGAUCCAGAUGAAACACCCAAAGAACCAAAUAUAAGACGUCCUGAAGACGAUAAACCCAAGAAACUUAAAAACCCAAAGGAAAAGGAAAGAGGUAACCAAGAAGAUCCAGAUGGAACCCCUAAAGACCCCAAACAGAGACUCCCAGAUGACAGAAAUGAUAAACCUAAAAAUCCCAAGGAAAAGGAGGGAGAGGACCCAAAAAAUCCAGAUGGAACACUGAAAGAACCAAAUCAAAGACAGCCUCCAGCAUCUGGUGAGGAUGAUAAACCCAAAAGGCCAGAAACCCCAAAUGACGAAGAUGGAGAUGACAGCAGAAAUGAUCCAGAUGGCACGCCAAAAGACCCAAAUAAGAGGCGCCCUCCUCCUGAUGGCAAUGGGGAAAAACCUAAAAAUCCUAGAACCCCAGGAGAAAAAAAAGACACAGAAGAUCCUGAAGCAACACCAAAAGAACCAAAUCAGUCAAAACCACUGACGUCCGAUGACAAAGAUGGAAAACCCAAGAACCCCAAAGAUCCAAAAGAAAAUGACGAUGUUGAUAAAAGAAAUCCAAAAGAGCCCCCUCCAUCUCCUGGAGACAAAGACGAAAGGUCCAGGACUCUGGAAGUAAAGGAAGAAGAAGAAGAAGAUACCGAACAAUCUGAAAACAAUAAUAAUCAUUUGUCAUCAACCAACAAAAAUACAAAGAAGCGUUCUCCUGGGAAAGGACCUAAGAAUCCUGUUAAUGAAGACGAACCUUCCCAGGAUCCAAAAAUACCUGGAAAGGGGAAAAAGGGAGCAAAGAAACCUGUCUCUAAAAUCCCAAACAAGAAACGGAAAAAGAUUUUAGAUUCCGAGGAAGACACAGAAGAUCCACCCCUUCCUGGCAAAGGAAAAAAACCUAAAAAGCCUUCAUCUAAAGAUGUAGUAAAAAAGAAGAAAAAGGUUGACUCUGAGGAAGAAAGACAAGAAACUGUAGAGAGUGAGUUUUCAAGUUCGUCGCAAUCAUCAUCAUCACAUCGCAGAAGUAAAUCUUCAUCUAGGAGACUGUCAGGAAAAAAUACGAAAAAUAUUAAAGAAAAAAACAAAACAAAGAUUCCAGAUGAAGAACCAUUAAUGCCACCAAAAAGAAGAAAAGAAAAAAACUUUCCUCCUACACCUGAACCUACCUUAAAAGAUGAAGGUUCUGGAGAUGAUGGAAGUGGAAUGGACAUUUUUACAACAACUACUCCACCAACAACACCAGUUACCUACUUAUCAACCAAAGAUGUCCAAACUACAGUCAGAACAUAUAGACCAGAAGAAACAGCUGGAACCGUGACAACAGCAUCAACCGUGACCACAGCAGCAACCGUGACCACAGCAGCAACCGUGACCACAGCAGCAACCGUGACCACAGCAGCAACCGUGACCACAGCAGCAACCGUGACCACAGCAGCAACCGGGACCACAGCAGCAACCGGGACCACAGCAAGUAUCGUGACCACAACAAAAACAUCAGACAGUGCUGUGACUUCUGCUAAUACAACAGACACACCAAAUUCACCUACCAAAGAACAUACUUCAGCAAAUCCAACUACCAUCAGUUUAAUCACACAACAUUCAACAGUUCCAGAGGACAAGCUUAAAGAAUUUUCCGUGGGAACGGACAAGCCACUUGAAAUAAGUAAGGAAAAUGCAACCAGCACUUUGACCACUCUUCAGGAACAAAGCACUACUGUUGGUAAAACAAAUGAUAAAACAUAUGCAACAAAUUCUCAAGGACUACAAGAAACUACAAGUCCAAGUUUAAAUCAUAGCAUUUCCACUAGUCAAACAAUGGACAUAUCUACUAGCACUAGUACAGAUAAACGUAUUACCACUACACCAACAGCUGUUGUAGAGACUACUACACUAAAGGCACCUGAGCAGACAGAUGCUCCAUUUGUACAGGCCGGGGGCACUACAUCUAGAACAGAGACAAAGAAGGUGGAAACAGCUAGUCCUCUUGUGGAAAAUAACAAGGACAGGUUAAGCACAGAAAGCACUGGAUAUAAAACCUAUUCAACAACAAAAGCUACAAGUAACAUCUCUUCUUCAGCAGAUGCUACAACCACCCAAACGGUGGAUCCUCUAAGUAUAAGAACAGACGUGCCUACAAGGGAAACAGUGACCACAGAUGAUUACAAUGUGAGAGGCUUGACCACUUCUGUUAGCUUAAACGACAUUGCUUCAUCAGAAACCACCAAAAAACCAUCAAUAAUCAAACAGGAAAAAACUACAGCAAUGGAUCAAUCUAAAAUAUUUACCACCAAGCAACCUCCAAGACAUUUUGAGCUUUCAAAGAGCACAAUCAGACCGAAAAGUGAUUCUGAGCGAAGGCCUACUCUAACAGAAAAACCAGAUACAAAGUAUACUACUACCACGACUCCAAAAGUUACUCCGGAUUCUGGUAUAGACGGACCCAUUGGCAUUGAAGAGAUGGAAAACAACAAAACUGGCUUUCCUCUUCCACAUAACCCGUUUCAUAUUUGUGAUUUAUUGAAGGAUAACGAAAACAAGAUGAAAAUAUCAGAUGGUGAUCUGCAGCGUUUAACUGAAAUAUGUCAUGAGAUGAAAUAUCUACCAUUUGUAAGUACACCAUCAUCAGAGAUGAGGAAACCCAUACCAGAUGACAAAAAGGUACCUCCCGGUCAUACAACAGUCCCUGUUAUUCAGCGUUAUUAUAACCAGCCACCAGGAUCAAGAAUUAUACAAAUUGUGGAAGAAAUAAAAAGAAGGGCAAAUAUUCCACACUUACCAAAUUUACCAGCAGCCCCUGGGCAAAACACUAACCAGUCUGCAGCAUGGCUGUUGCUACUUAAUAAAUUCAGGAAUCCAGGUGAUCCUCAGGUGAAUUUAUGCAAUGGACAACCAGCAGAUGGAAUGACCACCCUACAGAAUGGCUCACUGGUGAUAUUUCGAGGCCAUUAUUUUUGGAUGCUAAACCAGGGUGGAGCAACAGAAAAACCUCGCAAAAUCAGUGAGGUGUGGGGAAUCCCUUCUCCUAUUGACACAGUAUUUACUCGAUGCAACUGUGGUGGCAAGACGUUCUUUUUCAAGGGUCCCCGAUACUGGCGUUUCACCAACGAUGUUAUGGACUCAGGUUACCCAAAACAAAUUGUUAAAGGAUUUGGGGGACUUCAAGGUAAAAUCACCGCGGUUCUUUCAGUAAGCGGAUUUAAAACAAGACCAGAGUCUGUGUACUUCUUCAAAAAUGGUGGAAAUGUUCAGAAAUACACAUUUCGCCAAGAACAGUCAAAACGGUGCACUAAGAAAAAGCGUCCAGCUGUGCAAUACCCAAUUUAUUCUCACAACAUACAAACCGUGAAGUAUCGUUUUCCCCGGGAUAUCGUGAGACAUCGGAUAAAAAUACAGAGAACGUUCACAAAUGUCCAGCAGCCAUCUUUAGGUGUUCUGCAUGAAGAAGUUUCAGUUCGUUCCACAUUUAGAGGGAUCCCUAACAAUAUUGUCUCUGCCAUGUCUUUGCCAAAUCCCCAAAAACAAGAUGGAUAUGAUUAUUUUGUCUUCAAUAAAGAGAAAUACUACAAUAUUAACAUGUCCAGCAUGGUAGCAGUGAAGCCAUCACCUCAGUCUGAACAGAGGACAUCAAAGGACUGGUACAAAUGCAAAGAAUGAACAUUAAUGAAGACAUAAUCAAACUGUUU